CAUCUUUACAUUCUUGUUGAAAAUGAAAAUCGUGCUUUGUUGUUUACACCACUUUUUGCGCGUUGGAUAUUUUGUAAUGGCGUGAUUUAUAAAAUUUCCUUUUGGUUUUAGUGUGAUUGUUUCAAAUUUUAUGAUUGUUGUUCUUUGUCAAAAUGUCGUGUAGUUCUAGCGAAGAUAUACCAGAACAGUGUAAAGAGUUGUUCACUCAAGAUGGAGUGCUACUCAAAGCAAGCAUCGGCCGCCCAAUAUCCGACCUCAAUUCCAUUGGAAUGCUAUGUAUUGUGCAAAAUGGUGAUGGCACAAAAUGCAUCGAGUGGAGGCCUAAUGACCUUAUCACCAUUGAUUCGGACACACAAGAUCAAGAAUGGGCUGUUGUUCACACUAUCGGUCGCCGCCAACGUACUCUAAGCGGCAAUAUGACGUCUGAUUACGCUGCCGCCCGCGCUCGUAUUGUACGCAUACCCCUAGACGAACUGAAAACAUUCAAGGUCACUAGGAACAGCCAGCAGAUGCAAUUCUCCACAAAGCCAGGCAUUUGGCAGAACACAUUCUAUUUCCAACACGGAAACGCGGAGAUAUUCGUCGCGUAUCUCAAGAACCAUGUGAAGACAGCGAAAACUAGGCACGAUAGAAAUACGUAUGUGGUCGUCGAGCCUAAUAAUGAGUCGCAAGUGCUGAAUAGAUCGUUUGCCGAAUUGGAUAUAUUCACAGAAAAUACAACUGAUGUUGUAUGGAAUCUCGUGUCAAAUUUUAAGCAACGACCCUACGAAACGACUAUGGAGGCUUUUUCGAAACUUACUGAUAUAGUUUAUUACGGAAAUGAGAAUCUAAAUGGCAAGCGAGAUGUGUCUGAGGAGGUGGCGGAUCUACUGACGCGCAGUAUGAGCGCAUUAGAGGAUACGACCACGGUGGCGAGAGCGGAGGAAUAUGAAGUUAUUAGUGUUAAGCCCACGUUACCGCCAAGGCCUUGUAUACCCAGAGGUACACCCUUAUCAACUGAAAAGUGGGAGGGACUUCAAGACACAGACGGAAGGAUAUUAGAGGUUGACGGUGUUAAACAACUCAUAUUCAGAGGUGGCGUCGCGCAUUCAAUCAGACAUUCAGUAUGGAAGUACCUCCUCGACUAUUACCCAUGGAACGCGACAAACACGGAACUUCGUGCCUUACAAAAGAAAAAAACUGAAGAAUAUUUCUCUAUGAAACUCCAAUGGCGAUCCAUAACAGAUAAACAAGAGUCGCGGUUCAGUGAAUAUAGGGAACGAAAGAGUUUAGUGGAAAAAGAUGUAAAUAGGACUGAUCGGACACAUCCUUUCUAUUCAGGGGAUAAUAAUCCCAAUUUGAUAGUUCUGCAAGAUAUUUUGAUGACGUAUGUCAUGUAUAAUUUCGAUCUGGGCUAUGUGCAAGGCAUGAGCGAUAUUUUGGCGCCACUUUUGCUGUUGCUGGGCAACGAAGUGGACAGCUUUUGGUGCUUCGCCGGGUUUAUGGAGCGGAUUGCGUCAAAUUUCGACAUGGACCAAGCCGGUAUGAAGCAGCAACUCCUCAACUUACAACAACUAUUGACCUUCGCAAGCCCAGACCUUGCCAAGCACCUAGCGUCCAAGGACUCUGGAAAUAUGUACUUUUGCUUCCGAUGGCUGCUGGUCUGGUUCAAACGGGAGUUCUCGCAUCGGGAUAUUAUGAGACUAUGGGAGGUGCUAUGGACUGGAUUGCCAUGUGCUAAUUUCCAUUUAUUUAUUUGUGUUGCCAUACUUGAUGCUGAAAAAGAUGUCCUUAUUAGUGGGGACUAUGGAUUUACUGAAAUAUUAAAGCACGUUAACGACCUAUCUAUGUGCCUUGAUGUUGACAAAAUACUGAGUACAGCGGAAGGCAUCUACCACCAAGUGAUAUCAGCCCCGCACCUCACCGACCAAGUGCGGGUUAUCCUCGGCCUGUCCAUUGAUAAAAAAGAACCGGUUGCCACGACAACGGAGAAUAACAGACAGGACAUGGAGGAAGUUAUGUAUCAGAUUGGCUUAGAUAUGAAUUUUUAAGGUUACACUCGAAUAUAACGGACUUCAGAUUUCAGUUGUGACACAAACGGUUUGGGCAUUGCUUGCCUAAUGUAAAUAUGUAUAAUUAUAUUAUAUAGUAUUAUUGACUGGCCAAUAUGUGAUAAUUUUAUAUUUUUAUAUAGCAACCUGUCAUGGACAUCAAAGAACCGCAUUCCAUACAAAAUGUUAAAUAAAUUUAUCGUGUUAAGCAGCAUUGACUAUUUUCAUAGAAUGAUCAUUUCAUUAUCAAAAUCAUAGGCGUAGACGUUAAAAUAUUAAAAGUCACUUAUCUCUUUCACUUCUUUUUUGUUACUACUUCUAAACAUUUUUUUUUUUCAUUUAUUUAAACUUUCUACUGCUCCAUAAAGGACAAUUUCAAAUUUGCUUUUAUUUUGUAUGUUUUUCUUUUUAAUAUUUUAUUUUUCUCAACUGACUAUGCCCAUGAUCACAAUGAUAUGUUUUAUAUACUUACUAUAAUAAUUAUUAAAUAUAGAAUUCAGUUUUGCCCACCCAUGACCCAGUAUAGAGAGAUUUUUUUAUAAAAGAUUAAUUAAUAUGUUAUUUAACUAAUAAAUGCUACGCUCAUCAAGUGCCCAUAGAUAAAAAAAUAUUACGAAUGUAGGUUUUGAAACUUGCUAUUUUAAUAACGUAAUUUAAUGUAAAAAUGUCAAUUUUAAAGUUUAAUAUUCUAAAUUAAUUUCGUGUCUUAUUGGAACUAGGCAUUAAAAAUAGUGUAAACUUAUAGGUAUCUUCUUUUUGUAUGGUUGUUAUAAAAAAAUGUUAUUAGUAAGGUUCAAUUCAAUUUCAAGGAGGCUGUAUAUCAUUCAAAAUUUCUGCACAUUUUCAUUAACAUUAUUGUAAGUAAAUUGUUGCUUUAUAGUCUGUUACAAUUAUAAUAUAGUUCAAAGUAUGAUUUAAAAGAUUUAAUUCACUUGUUUAACGUUUCAUUGUUUAAUAAAUUUAUGUACCUGUA